AUGAGUUUUGCAGAGUCCAACAUCUCAAAUUUUGAUAAGUUUCUGAAUGAAAUAUUAGAUAGGAUAUCAACAAUCCCUUCAAAUAUAUUAUAUUCAAACUAUUUCAAUUACUCAAAGUUAAAACAGAAUCAUCCAGCUAGAUUAAAUAAAGUUCAAUGUAAUGAAACAACAACUCCUACAUCCAAAUGCCUGGGUUCAAUGGGCAAUCAUAUGACAAAUCUUUCAAAUGGAAAUAAUCAUAAAAAGAACAAAAGACGUUCUGUGAAAAUCUCAAAAUGUUUUACAACUGCAGAAGUUGACUGUACACACUAUCUUCACACAAAUAUACAUAAGGAACACGACUUACCCGGUACUUGGGUUGAGUGUAGCUUUUGUUCCAAAUGGCGAUACCUACCAUAUGUUCAUGAUCCAUCCCAACUCAAUGAUUUAUGGUACUGUGCUUUAAAUCCUAAAUACCUCAAAAGAUCAACUGCUGAUUCCACAUCCAAUGAAUCUAUGCAUAAUCCCUGUGAAGAACCUGAAGAUCUAAGUGCUGUUAAACACGAAGAUGAAUUUAUUUUUGGACAUUUUUCUGUUGGAUCAGUAGUUUGGGCUAAAAUGCAAGGCUAUCCAGAUUGGCCAGCAAUGAUUUAUUACAACAAUCUGGGAAGAUACGCUGAAUUUGAUGCAAGCAGUAAAGAGAUCACUUACUACUAUGUAGUGUUUUUGGAUCCUAAAUGCUCAACAAUGAGUAAAGUACGAGCGAAAAGGAUACAUAAGUUUACCGCAUUCAAUGAAAUGGAUUUAAGCAAAAUUCCAAAACGAUAUUGGAGAAGAUUACGAGCUGCUGGACAAGAAGCUGAAAAUGCUCUGCUGCUGAGUGUAAAAGAUAGAAUAGCAACUUAUGGUUAUAAUCACAAAUACGAAGAUCACGCGGUCAAGAUUUCUAAUCAAAUAAAAAAAAGUUUCGGACCUUAUCAAAAGAAAUCACAAAAUAUUUCAAAUGAUGAUAAUAUGAAACAAAAAAGAGUUUACAAAAGAAAAAAACCACUUACUCAUUCUUGUUCAAUAAAUGAAAAUGCAAACAAACGAAUUGACUGUCAACCGUACACUAAUUCUAAUCAUACAUCAAAUGCAUCUCAUCCUGAUGUAGAACAACUUUCUAAUACCAAGUUAAAAGCUGAUACAGAUUCUCACAAAGUAUUAACUACAAAUAAUCAUGAACCUGAAGAAUAUAAUAAAGAAUCAAAUAGUCUCUCAUUGAAUGAAUCGUCUAUAGAACAUCAAACAUUAGAUAUUUCAUUAACGAAUAAUAACCUAUUGACAACGAAUACAAUGCAUACUAUUGAUGUGAAUGUUGAUCAGUAUUCAAUGGUUGACAGUAAUAUUAUUCUCAAUGAUUCAUACGAGAAAUUAAUGACAAAUGAUGACAUUGAUUCAGUUGAUUGUUGUUCACCUAGUUUUCUUCAACCAAUUGAUUGUGAUCAAACAAUGAAAGGAUUAAUCUGUUCUGUUGAUCAUUCGUCAAAUGUCAAUACGCAAACAACUGACAUUCCAAUGAAUAAUCCAUCAAUAAAUGCUUAUGAAAAUAAUUUGAUGAAUGCUCAAAAUUUUUUCAAGUUAACUUUUCAUGAUUUAUCGAUUUAUUGCAAUAAUAACACUGUCAACACUGUGAAUGAUGUACAAAUGUCUUUAGAUAAUAAGAAUAAGAAUACUGUUCUAUACGGAUCAUUGAAUUGUAAUAAUAAAAAGAUUUUAUAUGAAAAUAUACCAUUCUACUAUCAAUAUUUUGGAUGUAAUGAAGCUUAA